AUGUCGUCCCAACUCCGACCCCUCGCUCCCCUCGCAGAGAAUCCCAAACUCAAGUCCGGACCAGGCAGCAGCAACUCGACGGCGCCAGGCCAGAACUCUCGCCGCGCAUCGCACUCGAGCUCCGGACGCCCCGACCCGCUCGGAACCGAAGUCCACCUCUCUGCCAGUCGAAUCGGUCCCGGUGUCAUCCCGACGGGCAGGAUGGAUGUCGUCCCGCACGAGGAGCUGAGUCCCGAGGAGAAGGCAAAGAGGCUGGCGGCGUACGCGGCGGUCGACGAGCACGUCAAGGACUUCCACAAGGUCCUCGGCAUUGGGUCUGGCUCGACCGUCCCUUACGUCGUCGAGCGCCUGUGCCAGCCGCCCCACUGCUACGCCAACAGCGACCGUUGGUACGUCCCGACGGGCUUCCAGUCCAAGGAGCUCAUCGUCAAGGCCGGUUUGAACCUCGGCGACGUCGACCAGUUCCCGACCAUCGACGUGACGAUCGACGGCGCCGACGAAGUCGAUGACGAGCUGAACGCAAUCAAGGGCGGCGGAGCGUGCCAGCUGCGCGAAAAGGUCCUUGCGGAAGCUGCGACGCACUUCAUCAUCGUUGCCGACUCGCGGAAGGACUCGCAUGUGCUUGGACAGACGUGGAAGCAGGGAGUGCCGAUUGAGGUGGCGCCCUUUGCGUGGGCAAAGGUCUUCGUCAACCUGCAGAAGAUGGGCUGCGAAAAGCCGACGCUGAGGAUGGGAAAGAUGAAGGCUGGUCCGGUCGUCACCGAUAACGGCAACUUUGUCAUCGACGCCGUCUUCUCCGAGCCGUACAUGCGCGACCCCGCAGAGCUCCUGCACCGCAUCAAGAUGUUGACGGGCGUCCUCGAGGUCGGGCUUUUCGUUGGGAUGGCGGAGGCAGCGUACUUUGGGUACCCUGAUGGGACGGUUAUGGCGCGGUGGCAGGACGGCCGACGGGAACAAGUCGACGCUACGAAGGGCCUCGAGAUCGCAGAGUCAGGCAAGCGAGUGUAA